AGGUGGGGGGCCUCGGCGGCCCAGGGCCUCGCCGCCCAGCUCCGGCGCCGCUGCGCGGCCCUGGGGAAGGGUGGAGCCGCCCCAGACCUGACGUUGCGACAGGUCGCAUUGCCCAGCUGGACUUCCUGAUCGAUAAAGGUUUUCUGUCGCCGCCCAACUGCCUGCGUUUGGUCGUGGCACACCCAGGGAGGCUGACGUCCUACGACGUUCGCGAAGUGUUCGCCCGUGAUGGGCUGCUCGUGGUCAACAAGCCUUUCAACCGGCUGCUGUACCCAAAGAAGCAGUUCCCGCGCGAGGUUGCGAUCGUCGACGCGUUGAAGGCCGAGCGCCCCGGCGUGCCCAUUCGGCUCUGCCACCGCCUCGACUACGGA